AUGAGGAACAAUAUUUCGAACAAGAAAUCAGUUGGCCAAAUGCUACCUCCUAUGUGGACUGCCGACUUUAAACAGCAUGGUGAACUAGCAACGCGGAAUCCCCUCAGCGUUAGGAGUGUCGAACGCUGCAAAGUUCACCAUCGUGCUUUGAGUGUUUUUCGACAACACAGAUUUGGCAAUCUACCACAGCCCGUCAUGCAAACACAACCACAGCAUCCACCUAUUCUGCUCACACGCUUGGGUGUACAUGCAGUAAGCACACAGACGCACAAGAACGGACGGACGGACGGACGGACGGACGACGACCACGAAGAAGAAGACUUACUACACGCAGUCUCAUCCGAUCCAUCGCGACAAGUUCCAGUGUUGGGUAUCGUCCUGUUGCGCCGGCAGGGAAUUCCUGUUGGCUCGACACUGGUUUACACAGCCAUCCCUCGAGCCGAACUCACGGACGACUGUGAGUGA